UUGCAUAUUCUGUGGCUAGAGGUAGUUGGCCUUUUUGUUUUAAUUUCUUAUCUGUUUUUUAUUCAAAAACCAUGUUUACCAACUUGAGAUCCCGCCGCUACGCAAAAUCUUAUAAAAGUGAUUUAUUUUUCAUUCCUAAUUAUUUUUCCCUUUUGCAAUGGCCGACGUAUACAAGAGAAAUGAAAAGUCUUUGGGAUUACUUACAACUCGAUUUGUCUCAUUGUUACAAAAAGCUAAAGACGGUGUUUUAGACUUGAAAAUUGCAACGGAUUUGUUGGCUGUUCGACAAAAAAGAAGAAUAUAUGAUAUAACCAAUGUUUUGGAAGGUAUUGGUUUAAUUGAAAAACGCAGUAAAAAUAGCAUACAAUGGAAAGGUGUUGGUCCAGAUUGUACUUCUAAUGAAAUAGGAGACAGAGUUACUUUAUUAAGAAGACAGAUUGGGCGCCUUGAGGAACAUGAAGUUUUGAUUGAUAAACACCUACAUUAUAUUGAACAAAGUUUAAAAAAUGUGUUGGACGACACAGAUAAUCACACAUUGUCCUAUGUCACAGAAGAUGAUGUCAAGAACUGUUUUAAGGACAGUCAAGUGUUAGUUUUAGAAGUUCCUCUUGGUGCAAGUUUGGCUGUUACCUCACCAUCUAGCAAGGACAAGGAUUCAAAUUACAGUUUACAUGUAAAAUCUACAGAACAAAUUGGAGUUAUACUUUUAUGUGAUGCAGAAAAAGAAAAGGCUAACAUGGAGGAGAAUUUAGACGAUGAAGUACAGAGUUAUACAAACAGUUGUGGAGAUUAUCAUCACUCAAACUAUUUAUUAAGACUGAGUCCGCCAAUAACAAAACAUGAUUUUGCAUUCUCGCUGCGUGGCAGUGAAGGAUUGUGCGAUUUAUUUGAUAUACCUUGUUAAGAAUACUUAAUGAAAUCAUAAUUUUUUUUAUUUUUAUUUACACAAAUCAAAGACAUUGUUUCUAUUUUCUUUACAUUUUGUGAUCAUGUUGAAUUUAUAUUGAUGUACAUAUAAGAAUAAAAUUAAUCAUGUAAAUACAACACUAAAAUA